AGUUGGUCAGAAUCCAUCCCGCAAGGGAUUAUGGGGGUCAUUAAAUGAAGACAAUUUGCAGGUUGUCUUAGAUGACUGGCCACCCUUGCUGUCUCCAACACAAAGUCCCCAAACUUUGGGAUUUGAAGGUCUUAGAGAUAGUUCCAAUCUUGGACUUUGACGAGAAACCUUCCUUGAGGUUGAAUGUCCACCCAGUUUAUUCUCGCUCAGCCUUUGGUCUCUUUCUUCCUUCUUCUAGGUCUUCGAAGAUGGUGUCACCUUGACCAAGACGGUGGUGUCGUCCACCGUCAAUGCCGCUGGUGAAGCCAAGGGCCGCAUGACCCAGAGAGUGACCAAAGCGGUUGACCUUACCAAGAACAUUGUCCAGGACAGCAUCACCUUGACCAAAUCCGUGGUGAGCUCCACCGUCAACACGGCCCGGAACGCCGCCAAUGAAGCCAAGGGUCUCGUGACUCACCGAGCGGCUGACGUGGUCAACCUGGGCAAGGAGACCGUCAACGAUGGCGUUGACCUUACUCGGUCGGUGGUGUCCAAAACGGUCAAGGCCGCCCGUCAAGUGCAGCGCUCUGGGGCUCUCCAGGAAGGCGUGGAGAUGGCCACUUUGUUCAGGCAAGCCGUGGCCAGUGGAGUAGACACCAUGUUGGAUCGGACGGAAGAGAUGGUGGAUUAUUACCUUCCCAUGUCGGAGGAAGAACUUGCCCAGCUGGCCCACCAGGUCCAGGGUGUCAGCCCGGCCUCCAUGGACGAGCAGCGGAGAGAGCAGAGCUAUUUCGUCCGCCUGGGCUCCCUCUCCAGCAAACUGCGUUCCCGGGUCUACCGGCAUUCCCUGAAUCGGCUUCACGUGGUCCAGGAAAACACUCAGGACUUGCUCGGCCAGCUCCAGUCUGUGAUGAACCUGGUGGAACAUUUGAAAGAGAGCGCCGGGACUCAAUUCCAGGAAGCACAAGAGAAACUGAACCAAAUUUUGCUCAAAUGGACCCAAACUCAGUCAGAAGAGGAUCGGGAAAGAAGAGAGACAGAAAACUCCCCACAACAGGUCGAGUCGGCGACUUUGGCCAUGUUAAGAUCCCUCAUCCAAGAUCUCAGCCCUGCUUACACCUGGCUGAUGUCCACCGUUGAAGUGCUGCCCAGGAACCUCCGGGAAAGAGUGGACCAAACUCAGAGUAACUUCCACCACCUCUACCGCUCCUUCUCUUCCGUCGAGUCCUUCCAGGACCUGCCCUCUGGCUUCCUCACCCAGAGCCAGGAGAUGAUCUCCCAAGCCCGGGACGUUCUCCAUAAGUUAGCGGAACACCUCGUCCAGAUCACCCCUCUGAACUGGAUCGUGGGGCCCUUCCGACCCAAGGAAGGAGGGUCGGGAACCUCCCGGGAGGAGAGCGGGACAGGGCAGCCGAAGGAGAUGGGCAAAGAGGUCAGGGCACCCCCGUCGGAGAAGGUUGUAGCCAAGAAGAUGAAAAGAAUGGAGAACACAACCGAGGUGGACCCAAGAGAAUCCACGGAGGCAAUGGGGGCCUUGAAGGAGCUGCUAGCGGGCUCCCAGGGGGCCCCCCAAGAGAAGAACUAGGAGAAAGGAGAAAGACCUCCGUGCCAGGAGGAGGUCUCCAAGGGUAUCCACAAGGCAUGGUCAAAGGUCCCAAGGUGGCAACCACAACAGAACUUUGAUGGCCUCGUUGGGUCCACCCUCUUCUUUGACCACACCCUGCGGACAUCCCUGGGACCAGCUGGACAUCCUGGCAAAUUUGCCCUAAAUGUUUUGCAGCCCUUCCUCCUGCGGAGGGGAAGGGAUUCCCCAACCACAAUGCCCCUUUCCCCAAGGAUGCUGUACUGGAGGCCUCCUCCCAAGAAGGCAGAUGAAGGGGACACAAGUUCCAAGUGGGGAACUCCACUCUCUGUGGAAAGAGAACAAACAGGAACGCUCAAAGCUUGCUGAGAGAGAGAGAUCUGCUUGGAUCCAUUUCUCCUUCGCCCCAAAGGGACCCAGAUCUCCCAGGGAGGGGACUGGCUAUUUUCUCUCCCCCCCACCAAAGUGUGGGGAUCCGUUUUGUUAAUUUCCAAAGGAUCCUUUCUUAAAUUUCUGCUUUAAUUCAGAAAUGCAACCAAAAAAAAAAGGGAGUAAGAAAUCAGAGUAGGGGAGAAGAGAUGAGUUAGCUGUUAUUUAUUUACUGUGUUUCCCCGAAAAUAAGACCUCCCCAGAUAAUAAGCCCAAUCG